UAUAAAUAUGGCGUAGGGCGGUGCCAUGUGUCAUCAUUACGAUCGAUAAUUGUUCUUUGGAUAAGUAGCGCUUAAGUCGAUCGGAUGCUCUUAUUUAUGCUUCACGUGAAUGAAUGUUUAUCUAUUUUAUUAUGCUCGUUACGUUUCAAGCAUUGUUGUGUUUCGAGUACAUGAGAAAAUGUUGAUUCAAUAGAAGAAAGAGGUUAGCCAGCGCUCUCAUUUUGACAGGCGCAAGUCACAGACUGUGGUGGGACAAUAAAGAAGUCGGUUAACAAGCCGUGCACCAGUCCGUGUUUAUUCAUCGUUAACACAGCACAAGAUCGUGUUUUACUGCUACUCCAGUGUUUUUGUUUAGUGUUACAAGUUAUUUUGUUUAGGUACAAGAUAGAAGAAGAACUACAAAAAUGGGUGAUUGUAGAACAGAACACAUUGUUAUGACUCCAAAAUGCAAGACAGCAAACUCUACAACAAUUAUAAUAGAAAGACAAGCUUUAGAACCACCAGCAGAGAAUGGAAAUGAAAAUAAUGUUCAUGUUGCUGGAGGCAAUCACAAGGGAAUAGUUAUUAACAAACAAGCUGCAGCUGUUACAAAUGGUGAAGUACAUCCAGCACAUCUUUGCUUGCAAUUUAGAGUAUUCUUAGUGAGUGGUCAAACUGGAAAGCAUACUCAAGAAUCCAGAACUUUGCAGUUUUGGUUUAUAGAUGUGCUUUCCGAGGCUGAACAUCCAAGUGUAGCACAAGAAUUCUUUAGAGAGUUAGUUAGUCCUCAAGAAUUUCCACGAGAUUAUGUUGGAUUUAUUACAAAAAUAAUGAAACUAAUGUUACACAAAUAUCCUAGUAUCAAAAAGAUAGAAGUAGAAUUGAAGCAGUUAGAGGAACCAGUCAAUCUUCCAGCUAGGCCAUCUAAUACUGGUCAUAUACUGUUCACACUCCCUCCAUGUAAGAAUAUUUGGAAAUCAGUAUCUACGGAUGAAACAGUCUUGGGUCAAGUUAUUGAACUUACAUUGGAAAAAGUGUUAGAGUUGAUCGAAUCUGCUUAUCCAAACCCAGUUACAAUUACUGACUUAGCGAAAGAACAUGGUUGGGAUCCUCCAGCUGUUGAAGCAAAAUUAAAAGAAUUGCAAGAGAAAGGUGUUGUGAAAGCAAUGGAUCAUGGAGCUUUUACAAGAGUAGUACAUCAAGAUACACAAAUUCAAGUGGUAAAGCAAAUGCCAACAAUGGCAAGUGCAAAACAACCUACUAUAGCCAUCAUUACAGCACAGUAUUGUGAAAAACUGGCAGUUGAUUCGAUGAUUGAAAAUAAAGAAACUUACGUCCGUUACACUACUGUUGGUACGACAAACUCAACAGACGCAACAAAUGGAGCACUGCGUGUAACAUGCCGUUUUGGAGAAUCAAAUGUUUAUACAUUAGGCAAUAUUGGUGCACACAGAAUUGUAUGCACAAAAUUGCCUACUGUAGGCCAUACCAGAGAAGCAAUGACUGCAGCAGGAAAUACAACUACUAGAUUACUGGGAACAUUCCAAAAAGUGGAUUUCGUGUUUUUAAUUGGAAUUGGAGGAGGUGUACCUCAUUACACUGACUAUAAUAAACACGUCAGACUUGGGGAUGUUGUUAUUUCGCAUCCUACUCCUCUCAACAAUAAAUACAUUUAUGUAUACUGUGAAAGUGCAAAAAUGCACGAAAAUGGUAAUUACCAUUUCGAAACUAAGGAAUAUUGUCCACCAAAUUUAUGUCUUCAAGAAAUAGCUGCAAAUCUUAAAGAACAGUCUGAAAACGAAACAAAUCCUCCAUGGCAAAUGUACCUGAACGAUGGCUUAGAUAUUUUGAGCAAUCAAACGGAACACGAUUUUAAAGCGCCUCCACCAGAAUCAGAUAAAUUGUACAUGGCUAUUGGCGAAAGAGAUGUUAUUGAAGUGGCUCAUCCUACUGCUCCUUCAGAUGCGACGAAUAAAAGAACUGAUGGUUGUCCUCGAAUUCAUUUAGCACCCGUGGCAUCCGGCAGACAUAUUGCACGUGAUGACCAACUUAGGCAGAAAUUCUCAGCCCGUUUUGGGGCACUAGCUUUCGACGCGGAAAUGGAUGCUGUGGUCGAAAGUAUUUUGGGUAAUUGUCGUGAGAGUUUUGCCGUGAUUCGCGGUAUUUCUGAUUACAAAGACGGCUCACGCAUAAAAGAAUGGCAGCCGUAUGCAUCUUUGGCCGCUGCCAGCGUGAUGAAGUCUAUCAUUUGCGCCAUGGAUCCACCAACUAAUGUGUAAAAUCCAGUGGACCAACGAUUUUGAUUAGUUAAAAAAUGACCGUAGCUUAAAUUAGUGCACGAACUGCACAUUUAUUACUUAACGAACAUUUUUAUUUAAUUAUGCAUCAUGUUGCACUCAAUGCGACACGAAUCGGUCAUUUAUUUUACGAUUGAUAAGAAAGCGGGAUCGUAAUAAAAAGGUAAUAUGAUAGUCAGAAAGUAUCAUGCACAAAGUGCAUUUUAAUUAAGGUGUUUGUAGCUAAUACAAAAAAAAACUCUCUUAGUGGUAAAAAAACGAAACGAAUUCGAAACACUUACGCUUCCAAAUAAUUUGUACAUCGCUCAAACAAUUUUCUAUUUGACUGAUGAAAGUAACUAUUCUUUUUCCCUACAUAAAGAUCACCUUUUACAUUCUGCAUUUAUAUAUGUAUUAACAUUUUGAAGCUAACUUAUCUAGCGUUUUCGUCUACUUAUCACGCUAGUUAAAUUUCGAACACGUUUUUACAGAUUUAUUCAUAUACACUUUAUACACUUAAGAGUGCGUCUAUUAUUACUUUAUAUUAUUUAAAUGGAACAAUAAUCUAAGAGAGAAAUCGGUUUAGCGAUCCUAAGACUGGUGCCAUUUUUAUUCUGUGCCGCACACGUAGAUUUCAUAAAAAUCUCUUUUACAUAGACGGAAAAUUACAUAAAGUGAAAACUUAUAAUAUUUUCAAAUAGUUUAUAGCUUAAGUGUUACUAUAAUGAGGCUCUUGAAUAUAUCAAAUCUUACCGGACAGGCUCCGAAGUAUAAUAGGGAUGAGAACUAUUGAAAGCUUUAAAUGAAGCCUCGAAGUAGUCAACGAGAUGAUUUAAGUCUAGAGUAUGAUACCUGAAAUUGGGGGCAGAUAGUACAUUUGUCAGUACUUGUCUAAACAUAAUGGAACGCUCGUUACAGUAUUGUCCUAAAUAUUACACGUUUCUCAGAGUAUAUCGUCGUUUUAAACAGAUAUAUGCACUAUACCCAUGCACCAAAUGCAUUUCAAAUCUUUUGAUUUUUUGGGAGAAUGAUAUGUAAACAAAGUAGUGCUUUAAAAAUCUCUCCUUUUCAAGCCUUGAAAAAUGAGAUUCGUUCCAAUUUAGAAAUAGUGAAAAUAUAGAGUAACGAAAAUCAAAUACAAUGUUGUGAAAUACGUAUCAGUAUACGUAACGUAAGUCUACUUUAACAGUUUCCCAAUAACAUUGUAUAUCGUCUUAUUUUACCAGAAAACUCAUCAAUUUAGCAGUGGAAAUUUGAAAUUAAAAUAUGUAAUCAUAUAUGCUACUAUAUGAAGAGCUCUUGCAUUUUUUGGUAAAAUGUGACGAAAGUAUUACGAAAUUACACGAUGUUAAUCACUGAUGACAUAGUUUCCAUUCCACUCAAUUCUCGACAUGUAUUAAUAUCACAAGCGCCUUUUUGAAAACUUUAAUUACUCUACAAAUCAGUCAAACUAUUCUUAACGUUAAAUCAGCCUAUGACUAUUUGAGUGUUUCAUAAACCAGAACUACUUUUUAUGAUAACUAGAAACAAUCUUCCCAAAUCUUUGACAUAUAUUUGAGUCUGCUUCGUCCCGUAUCGAUCAAUUUUGAAAUUGCAAAUCAAAACAUUAUAAAGUUUUCCUACUUUAUGUGCCAUGUUUAAUUAAUUUUCUACAAUAUCUAUGAUUCUAACAACUUUUUUAUGGGACAUGAUACUAUAAAACCCGAUCGAACUGUAUGCUUCUGAUGAGAAUGGAAGUCGCAAAAACGGUCAUUAUCAUAAUAAAAAUGGUUCUGGGCCUUGAAAUUUACUCACGACCAAAACAAAAUUGUGAGAAACUUUUGGCGUACUACUGUAUACGCUACCACCCGAGAGUUUGAUCGCAGUAUCCAGAACAUAAAUCUUGAACAUGAUAUUUUAUGUUUUAUAUUUUAUGUGGCUGCUAGUAAAAUGUUUUUUUUUUUUUUUUAAAUUCAUACUCAGUUUCAAAAUGAAGGAAGAUAAAUUUGAAUAUUACUACAAUUUCUGUGAUUUGUUUCUCGGAAGGAGAGAAUUGAGGUACAUAUACAGUCAUGAUACUUAUCCACUUUUUCCAAGUACCUCAAUAUUGUAAGUAGAUUACAUAUUUUUAUUCAAGAAUGUGCGGUUCAUAUUAAAUUGUGUCUUCUCUAUCAAUAGUUUCAAUAGAUAUUCUUCAAUGUACAAAGAUUUACAGUCUACUCUGUAGGCAUUGUGGUGUGGUGGACAGUUAUUAUGACCGAUGGUGUCCAUCAAAGUUUCUCCUUUUGAAUAACAGCUCAUACGAAUGUUGAUGAACAAUAUUUUUAUCUGAAUUUAUUUCAUUUAUAUCUAAGAGGCCCACAAAUUUGACAUGCUGAUUUUCCUGUUCUGUUAUAAUUUCAUAUUUUAAUAAGCUGUUAUACAUUUAUAUUUUAUUUUGUUAUAAUAUUAUUAAGUAUUUUCAUGUUUUUUCUUAAUACCACAUACGAAUUGGUGCACCAAAUUUUGUAAAACUCUGAAAUUUGGAAGAGAUGUUCGUAACUCUUUGCAUUCAAUGUUAAGAAAAACGCGAUUGAACUUUUGGGCGACAAUAUAUUUACUAAGUGUAUUGAAAAACGUACAAUUAAUUAGCGGUAACUAAAGUGCCAAUGUGUUCAACAAAUGUAUUGCAAAGGUGACGAGAACCUCUUUUAAGAAGAUAAAUAAACAGUAUACUUUAGGCUUAAUAGAUUAAUAAUUGGUAUGAUUAAAAUGUUUCUUUACAACGGAAAUACAAGUAGUUUUAAUCUUAGGGGACAAAUGCUAAUGAAAUUUUCUUAAAUAUACA